AUGACAAGACAUGUCUGGAGAGCAGCAGAUGCCAGUGUAAUGCUGUGGGAGCCGGCAGUCGCAGCCACGACACCUCUAGCACCGCAAGAGCCGCAUAACUCGAAGCAGUUGCAGGCUGUAACCGAAGCUGACAUCCAAGCGUCCCUAACAAGCAACUACGAUGACAGCGAACAAGACUCGGUGCUUCCUUCGAUCGAGGGUGUUUUCGAGCCAUCUGGAUAUACCAAGAGCGAGCCUGGCGAAGACAUCAGUGCAGUUGUGUCGUCAACGGUCGGUACCUCCGCUUCGGACAUAUCCAUGCAGCGUUGUUCUUCGUACGAUUCUCAGGCUACAAUUCCAGUGUCGACGCCCUGCCCAUCGGACGAAGAAAGAGAUUUGCCCGCUGUACUUCGCAGUCCUGCAAGGACGAGCCACCACUUCAACGUUGGCAAUACCGUACCCACGCCACAAGUACGAAGGACUCUGGACUUCGGUAUGCCAGCCUUUCGCCACACCAAUGACAUUGUACAACAAGUCUCUGAGCCUAGCGACUUCACUUCGCUGGCAGCACUGCGAAGGCUGGAACGAGACCCUCCCCACCACUGGGAUGAAAAAGAACGAGAACUAUUAACAAUACUCUACCGAUGGUACGAAGACACAAACGUGGCAACUAUCCCGAAGGUCUUCAAUGCCAUCACCGACCAAAACCUCAGGCUCAACGUUAUACGUUACCAGUUCGAGAGCCAUCUCAUUCUUUAUGGCGGUCGUGCGUACCCCGAGUUCAAUCGAGUAAUGAAAGUCCCAUUCCCCGACCCCGAACACAAGUACGACGAAAUCCACACGAUCAUCGAAGAGACUGCGUAUGAUUCGGGAAUUGACUUGUCACGACGCACAAACGAGGUGUGCUACACAUCUGGAUUGGCGAGAACUGCCAAGUCCCCUAAAACGAGGAAACAUUAUAAAUCCCUAGUUAGACGUGCGCUAAAGAGGGAAAAGGAGAAAGCACGCGCCCUUCGCAGGCCGGCUCCGGAAGAUCUACCACUGCAGGCUCUACAGCUCGGCGGGACGACACUGGCUGAGCAAGACAAUGAGGAAACAUGGUCAGACGUUGAUGGCUAUCAUACACCACCUAUCACACCUACGCAGUCAGCCCCGCGGGCUCCCCCUGGCAGGAAUAUGAUUGGAUUUCGCGUUUGGGAUGCAAACAGCCGGACAAUGUUCGACGAUGAGACGGGCUUCGUAAGUCAAGCCUUCUCGAUUUGGAGGGGCGAGUUUCCACCGCCUUUCUCCCCAGACGGACAAGGUCAACAGGCUCUGAUGCUCUUGACGAACCUUCAUUUGUCCAUGAGUGGCGGCGCCUCGGCUUUUGUCUCAGUGUCGACGAGUCUCUUGCAAGCUCUCGUCAAAGCUUCUACGAUGUUUGAGCCCAGGAUCGCCGUCAUUGCGCUCGAUCAUCCACUGCUCACAGAACCGCACAAGACUCUGCCAGCAGCAGAUGUCAUGCGGAUGCUAAAAGCGGAAGGCCAGGCGUGGUGGGCAAGAUACAAGGGCCAUGCAGAGCGAAUGGUUUGGGCUUCUGUCUCACCUGCAGCGGUACUCUCACACUUCCCGCUUUCCGACCUCACUGUCUUAUCACGUCACAACCAAGCUUGCGAUGAUAUCCUCAACUUGCGGGAUAUACAAUCCGGCCGAAAGACACAGUACGUCUCCUCGCUCUUGCGCCAGAGAAAUACAGUCGUCAACAUCCGCACGGCACGAGCAAUGGCCGUGGUCUGCCGAGCCUUCAAGAUGCACCGUGUCGGCGUCAGCCUUGCGCACAUACAAGGACUGGUUUCGUCGUUGGUGGAUUCGUUUCAGCUGAAGCAGGGGACAAGCGAUACACCUCACAUGUCUGGGUUGAUCGCCAAAGCGUUCGCCGUUUCGCUCGUAUCGCAGGCUCAUCGCACUCACGAUGUUGAGGCGGCUUUCCAGGAGGGCAUUCAGCAAGGCACUGUUAGUAAUAUCCGUGUACAGACUGUUUUGAAGCAUUCAAUGACUCCAUACAUCGACUUUUAG